GGGCUCGGUGUGUCGGGGGUGGGGGGGCGGGGGGGCUCCGCUAUGGAGGCAAAUGGGAGCCCAGGCACCUCGGGCAGCGCCAACGACUCCCAGCACGACCCCGGUAAAAUGUUUAUCGGUGGACUGAGCUGGCAGACCUCACCAGAUAGCCUUAGAGACUAUUUUAGCAAAUUUGGAGAAAUUAGAGAAUGUAUGGUCAUGAGAGAUCCCACAACGAAACGCUCCAGAGGCUUCGGUUUCGUCACCUUCGCAGACCCAGCAAGUGUAGAUAAAGUAUUAGGUCAGCCCCACCAUGAGUUAGAUUCCAAGACGAUUGACCCAAAAGUUGCAUUUCCUCGUCGAGCGCAACCCAAGAUGGUCACAAGAACAAAGAAAAUAUUCGUGGGAGGAUUGUCUGCGAACACAGUAGUGGAAGAUGUAAAGCAGUAUUUCGAGCAGUUUGGCAAGGUAGAGGAUGCGAUGCUGAUGUUCGACAAAACCACCAACAGGCACAGAGGGUUUGGCUUUGUCACCUUUGAGAAUGAAGACGUUGUGGAGAAAGUCUGUGAGAUUCAUUUCCAUGAAAUCAAUAAUAAAAUGGUAGAAUGUAAGAAAGCUCAGCCAAAAGAAGUCAUGUUCCCACCUGGGACAAGAGGCCGGGCCCGGGGGCUGCCGUACACCAUGGAUGCAUUCAUGCUUGGCAUGGGGAUGCUGGGCUACCCCAACUUUGUGGCAACCUAUGGCAGAGGCUACCCCGGAUUCGCUCCUAGCUAUGGCUACCAGUUCCCAGGCUUCCCAGCAGCGGCUUACGGACCAGUGGCGGCGGCAGCUGUGGCAGCGGCUCGAGGAUCAGUCCUGAAUAGCUACAGUGCUCAACCGAAUUUUGGCGCGCCCGCUUCCCCGGCAGGCUCCAACCCGGCGCGGCCCGGAGGCUUCCCGGGGGCCAACAGCCCAGGACCUGUCGCCGAUCUCUACGGCCCUGCCAGCCAGGACUCCGGAGUGGGGAAUUACAUAAGCGCAGCCAGCCCACAGCCGGGCUCAGGCUUCGGCCACGGCAUAGCUGGACCUUUGAUUGCAACGGCCUUUACAAAUGGAUACCACUGAGCAGGUGCUUCCAUUGCCGUCUCACUAUGAGAGCAUACCUGGAUGUCCAGGCAAGACUGGGCGAAGUUUCUGAGUGGCCCUUUGUUUAGGUGACGUCCUCAGACCUGGACCCCCACCAGCCUCACUCCUCAUCCCAACCAGAGGUGGCACACUUGGAUUGAGGGUUGACACAUCUCAUCUCACCCAUCGGCUACCUGCUGUAAUAUAAGACAACAGCUUUUAAACGUGUAUAUAAUCCAUGAUUUUGGUUUGGUUCUGUUUGUUUUCCUUGGUGGUCCCCUUCCCCUUCCCCCUUUCCCUCUCCCUCCUUUUAAAUCUCCCUCAAUCACAUUUGGUAGUGAUUUUUGACUUAGUGUGGUAGUCACCUAGCUUAAUAUCUAGUUAAAAGCUAACCAUAGUAUACCUGUUAUAUAUUAAGGAGUUUCUUUUUCCUUUCUUUUGUUUUCUUUUUUUUCCUUAAAGAGAAUUUUUGUUUUGUUUUGAUUCUGUUCUCGCUUUUAAAGGAUGCUGAGAUGGCGAUGUUGCUCUCCAUUUUUGGUACCAAUUCUGAGACUGUAAGACUUUUCAUCCGGGACUUUAGCACACACUGAAGUUGUGAGCAGGAGGUGGGCGUAGACUCUAUUUUGUGCUGUAGAAGUGACAAACAGUUGACUGCUUAGCAGACUCUUAGCAGUUCAUUUUUGUGAUGUCUCUUUGUUAACCUAAGUAUAUCUAUUUUCUGCAAUAAGGUAAGGACGGCCAUGUUUUGAGGGUCCUCCUUUUCUAUGAGUGCUUUUUCUUUCUUUUUUUUUUCCUGUUCAAAGAGGUCAUAUUAUAAGGUUUUUUGAAAUUGUGAGUUCUAAAAAACAAAAAACAAACAAAAAAAUAUUGUAAAUAUAAUUCCAUUAACUACAUAGAAACUAUUAAGGAAGAGAGAAUUGAAAAUAUUUUUGUGAGGGAGUUGAUCCCAGGCAGUUAGGUACCCUGAAAGGAGGGGAGGGAACUUUGACGAAGCCGGUACUACAACAGAAGAGUCCCCAGCUGCCAGGGCAACCCGGACACCCACUCUCCGCUGUUGGUGUGAUAGACCUCAGAGCCGAAUUAGUACCCUGCCAGCCUGCCAGCCUCUCUGUGCACACCUUCAAAUGUUAUGGUCUAGCUAUAUUUUUAUUUAAAAUAUGAAAAACUGCUUUUCCCAAGAUGUUUUUUAAAAGGAAAAAAAAGCUACAAUUUUAAUAUUUGACAUAUUUAAAGUUUCAAAGCACACUUGUUUUGGCUUAGGGGGAGGGGCAGGGUGGGGACAUUCUUUUUCAGUCUUAAUUUUUAAAUAUCUGAUCAUUUUAUAUUGUCCGAUCAUUUCAGCACCUCCAAAGGGUCCUAGGAUACUCUGCUCCCUCCUCACCCCGCCCCCCACCCCUAGACAGGGGACCCGUGGGCCAGGCGUGGACAAGCCAGACCCAAUACACCCUUUCUCCAUUCACUUUCUAUUUACAAAUUAGGAAAGCAACCUUUCAGUUUAUAUAUAUAUAUAUUUUUUCCUUUUUGAUACCUCAGUGCUGCAAGUAUCACCAGAGAGGCUAUGGAAGAGUUUUGUGUUGUUUUUUUUUUUUUAAUUUAUUGUAGAUGUAAACAGAAUUUUAAAAAUAAAAUAUAAACAUCACUGCACUGUGACUGGUGGGAAAAACUGACAGCUUCCUGUUUGCACAAGUUUGACAUUUGGCUGUUAUAAUAUAUGGUCCUCAGUCGGGGAAAGACACUUAGGAUGAAGGAUGUUUUUUAAUUUAACUUUUUUUUUUAAAAAAGAAAAAUAUCGGUAAUAGGUCGGCAACAGCAACCGUAGGAAGGGCAGCUCAGUAGGUAGUGUUGAAGCAUACUGUAGUGUGCAUAUAUAUUUUUUCUUUUUUAAAAUGUGAUAUUGACAUUUUAUUAAUAUUUUUUAAAUUGUUACGUUUAUAAAUUUGGUACUUAAGGCACAGCCAGUAUGAGGCACUGAAUGCGACAUUUAUUACAAUGAACUGCUGCACUCCUAUUUUUAUAAAUUUUACUAACAAGUAGACUAACGUAGGCAUUCACAGACAUGAUAGCGCAGAAGCAUCUUCAAAUGAAAAGUCUCCAAAAAAGCUAAUUCAGAACGGACGGGAAGAAGCCUGCUCCCGUUCUAGUUAAGUGCAACUUUAUUUUCAUUUAUUAUUUUAUUUUUUAAGAAAGGAAAUCAUGUUCUUUCUUUCUUUUUGUUCUUUUCUUUCUUUCUUUUUUUAAUAAAAUGCUGGGUUGUUUGGUAAGGUUUGGGGUGUUUUGUUGUUGUUGGGUUUUUUUUUUUUUUGUUUUGUUUUGUUUUAAGUUUCCAAACAACCAAACUAAGAAAAAUGCUGGAUGCUUUUAAAAUACAAAACUUACUCAAGUCAUAAAAUAACGAAAUAGAACUUUUAUUUUAAGAAACAACAACAAAGAGAAAGAGACUCGAUUCCCAGCCAUUCAGCGUCUAGUAAGGGGAUUAAUUACUCUUCUGUCUAUGUUGCUGAUGUCCUGUCCCCAGUCCCUGUCCAUCUCCCCGACACCCCAUCACCUCAUAGAACACUCUUUGUUGAUCAUUGUCUGUUAAUAAUGUAUAAAAUGGCUAUCUUGUAAGUGUGCUGUCUUGGUACUAGCGUAGUGACUUUUUUUCUCCUCUUCUAGUACAUAUUGAUAGGUAUAACGUAAUUAAGGUUUUUAAAAAAAAAUAGACAUAGUUAUUCAGAUUUAGGACCAGUAAGGAUAGAACUUUCUCUUAUUUAUGAAAAAGAAAAAAAUGCUAAUAAUUUGGGGGCAGUUUUUUCCUUUAUUAUUUUUUUUUCCAAGUUCAAAUUUCCUUUUAUUUUUGCUGAUUUGAUGUGGUUUCAACUAACCCAAGGUCUCACAAUGUUCAAAUGCCGGCUGACUCUACGGCGUUUUGUAGGUCCCUGCCCCCCUAUCCGUGACGGGGUGUGCCAUACUACCUUAAAUGCAAACACUAGAUAUGCAAAACUGGAUUUUUUUAAUUUAUUUUUUAAAAGAGGGAGGCGUGGUAUAUUAAAAUGAUUUUACUAAGAGAAAAAAAUAUUUUUUUAAGGAUGCUCAGAAGAAAUUGAUAAUCUGUGUGAAUAUGUUUUAGAUGUUUAUAUACAUUUUGAAGAGACCCAGUAGCCCAUAGCACAAAUCUUGUGAACAUCUGAUAUGUUUUCAAGUGGCUACCUAGGUUAAGGUUCCUCAUUAGUACCCCCAUCCCACCGCCAUCUAGAAGUCCAUUUUAAACAACUUUUUGUAAAUUCUUUCAGCACUGAUGUCCAUCUUUGUCUUUGUUUCAGUUAAGCUCAAUAGCGAAUGUGGGAACCCUCCUCUCACCUUCCCUGGGGGAGAGACCCUCUUGGCUAAUGGCUCUUCCCUGACAUUAUCAAUAACCACCAGGGGACUCUCUGGCUUCCAGAUCCAUCUGCCUGAGACCCCCAAGGUCCUCUCCUCCCAAGAGGGGGGAGAUGGAGCAGCAGUUGACUCCUGGUCCCCUUCCUGCUUCAGCCUGGAUAUGGGGCUGGUGGAGAGGAUGGAGCCUGGGCCUCCACCCCAGGAGCCUCUGCAGGUGUGGUUCGUGGCCUUCUUCUCACCCAUUGGGAAAAACCAAACAGCCUCACACUCUGUCCCCACCGCUCAUUGGCUUGACUCAAGUGAGACCCCAACCGGCCUUUGCGGGGGGGGGGGGGGGCGGUUUGUUUUUUUAUUUUUUUUUUUUAAA